GGAGGGAGGAAGAUGGGUGGGUGGGUGAUAUAGGGGGAAGUGUCCGUUUUUUAUGCUGUGUUGUAUGGAGAAAUGGAGGAUCGGCAAGCUGAAGCACGAGGAAGUGCAGCUUGCAGUCCGUUGAACUGCUCAUUGUUUCCAUGAUCACUGAACGCAUUGUUGUCGGUGGUGAAAGACUCCGAUGGGCGAACCUGGCGGAUAUGGGGGAAGUGUCCGUUUUCAUCAUCGUGUCAUGACUUGUAUGAAUUUUGCAUCUAGUUGUUAAUAGACGCUCAUCUUCAGAAAUGUCUGUGAAACGUAUACCUCUGGUAAAAAUUUUUAUCCGAUACAGUCUGCCGUGAAAAGGUUUUCACACCAUUCUCAAUAAAUAGGUAUUUCGGCACGCGGACGUAUGUGUUUCACGUGCAUAUAUUUCCUACGAUUCCGUUAGCAACGGGGUCGCAACUUAUUAGGAUGGAAACACGAAAGAAUGAGAUAUUGCUCAGGAAGAAUGUUUGAUGUUUGGUAUGUUCCAACAAUUAGUGUGGCCUCACGCUGAUACGUUGCUCUCGAUCGCUUUUCUUGCGGAUACUUCCUUGGCUAAGUGUCAUCACUCCUCUAUCGGUAAACUGACUCAGUUGCUGUCUGACGGAAUUUGUUUCUUUAUCUGCUGGAUAAUGGAUUUUAUACAACAGUGGACACAAUAUCAGGCACGUUGAGCCGCAUUUUUCAUUGAAUUUGACGCCGGACGACUCACAAAUAAGAGCAAGUCGCUCACUGUGACGCCAUCCGAUCCAACUCUUGUGUGUGUCUCAGAAGUGUGUGGUGAGAUAAAGACCGUGCAGUUGAGCGGAACUAUGACAGUAUUCAAGACGAACGCAAACCACAAUCAAAACAUUUUCACCAACCAUUUCCGGCUGCUAGACCUAUUCGAUAUAGUGUGCUCUAGGUCCGUUUUCAUCACUAAACUAGUAGACCAUGCCUUUAUGGCGCUUGAAUGCUCUUAAACACUGCAUUGUGUUAUUGUAAGCAUUUAAGAUGCACCGAGGGAUGGAGCUGGUCUACGCCCUAGUCUGGAUGUCGAAGAAGGUCAAUGUACUCUAUCGGCAUGGCCCCACGCUGUGUCCCUGAAGCUCGCUGGGCGCUGCUCUGAUGCCGGAGCGGGCGGCCUCGUCCGGCGGGAGGCGGCGCCGCUCCAGUGUGACCGGCAGCGACCCGCUCUGUCCCAUCUGUCUGGAGGGCCGCCACCACGCCGUGGAGACCAGCUGCGGCCACCUGUUCUGCGCCAAGUGUCUCCUCGUGCACCGCGAGCAGAGCGAGCCGCUGAGACCCAUGCUCUGCCCCCUCUGUCGGCAACAGGUGACCCUGCUGUUCCUCUGCUACACUGGUACAGAACUGGCCUGCACAGAACCGGAGGCGGUCUCGGUGCGGUCGGCGACCCGGCGCGCCGUGACAGAGUAUAACCGGCGCUUCUCCGGCCUGCCGCGACCGUGGCUGGAGCACAUCCGUGACGUGCCGUGCCUGCUGCGCCACCUCUGGCGGGAGGCGGUCAGUCCCGGAGGCGUGCUCCUCCUGCUACGUGUUCGGGUCGUCAUGUGCUUCCUCAUGGCGCUGGUGUACCUGGUGCUGCCGUUUGACCUGCUGCCGGAGGCCGUCUACGGCGCCAUCGGCCUGCUGGACGACCUCUUCAUAGUGGUGGCGAUGCUCAUGUAUGUGGCGGUGCUGUACCGCUGGUAUCUGGCCGCACCGGACUGACCAGUAAGACUGACCGUACUAGACUAACUGUACUGGGCUGAUUGUACCGCGGUGCCGGACUGGCAGCACCGGACCGACCGUAUCGGACUGGCCGUACCGAACUGACCGUACUAGACUGACUGACAUACUGACGGUACCGGAUCAGCUGUACUGUACUAGACUGGCGGCCUGCUAAACUGACCGUACUAGCCUGUCCGUACCGGACUGACCGUAUGAGACUGACUAUUAUAAUAAAGACUGAGCGUACCGUACUGACCGUACUAGACUGAUCGUAAUGCCUGUAUCGGACUGACCGCACCGUAUAACUGAUUGUACCGUAUAACUGAUUGCACCGUAUAACUGACUGCACCGUAUAACUGAUUGCACCGUAUAACUGAUUGCACCGUAUAACUGAUUGCACCGUAUAACUGCUUGUAUGUACCGUAUAACUGAUUGCACCGUAUAACUGAUUGUACCGUAUAACUGACUGCACCGUAUAACUGACUGUACCGUAUAACUGACUGUACCGUAUAACUGACUGCACCUGACUGACUGUACCGGAAAGAUAGUAUCGGAUGCCGGAUGGUCCGUUCCGUUCUAACCAAUGACAAAGACCACAUCCACUGAAACGUCUGGCUCCCUGGCCGUCAGUCUCUAUACGAACGGCGGUGAAAGGCGAUCCCUCAUCCCAAAGUGUCAACGUCGGAGCUGGUAAAAACCGAGGGUUUCAGGGUGUGACUGUGCAGUGUCCGGCGAGUGGCGUGUUUUAUCUACCGCUGGAUAUUGUUUUAUUGAGCAGCACUUGCGAAUAUGUGACAGUUCCAUUCUUGGCGUGUGGCAGCUGUGCUUUUUGUUGCACCAUGUGUCAAUAUUGUACGUGCAAUUGACUAAAGGGAUGUCUCGGAUCAAUGGGAGGCAAACACAAGUGCCUGCUUGCCUCACAGCGAAGGCGGCUAGGCACAAAUAAAGCCACGGAAAAGA